UGAGCUCUUCUUCUUCUUUUUUUAUUACUCAAUGGGUUCGCCCAAGCACAAACAGCAAGAUUGCACCUGAUAAACACCACCACGAAGGUGGCUUUAUCUGCUGUCCAAACAAAUGUCAUUUUAACGGAGUGAUAAUCGAAGAUCGGAUGGCGAAAGUUCUUGUAGGGAGCUGCUAACUCAGUGGCUUGCAGACACCAGCAUAAUAAAGGACAACCUCCAAGGCUGCCCGUCGAAGGGUCUUGACUCCGGGGUUAUCAAGUCGAGAUGUCAGCAUUCUCCGAGGCGGCUUUGGAGAAGAAGCUGUCCGAACUGAGUAACUCUCAGCAGAGCGUGCAGACGCUGUCCCUGUGGCUCAUCCAUCACAGAAAACACUCGAAGACUGUAGUCAAUGUGUGGUUCAACGAACUGAAAAAAGCUCAGGUGCCGCGGAAGCUGACCUUUCUUUACUUGGCCAAUGAUGUCAUUCAAAACAGCAAGAAAAAAGGCCCAGAAUUCACCCUGGACUUUGCACCGGUCAUCGUAGAUGCUUUUAAACAUGUAUACAGAGAAGGGGACGAGGUUUGUAGAAAACAGUUGGGUCGAGUUUUAUCCAUCUGGCAGGAGAGGGCUGUUUAUGAACCCAACCUGCUGGAUCAGCUUUCCCAAGUCCUGUAUGGCGAAACAAAAUCAAAGAAAAGGUCGUAUGAAGAAAUCCACCCCGAUGACGAGGGCUUUUCUUCUCACAGCUCUCCAGCUGAAUCCCCUCAGACUGCAGAUUUAAUUCGAGCUCUGCAGGAGCUGGAGAACGCCGCUUCCAGCGACCUGGUGUUACGUCAGCGGAUCUCCUCCCUCCCUGAUGAGGUGCAGGAUUCGUCACUCCUUCACAGAAUCACAGAUAAAGAAUCCGGAGAGCGUCUCUCCCGGUUGGUGGAGGAGGCCUGCAUGCUGCUGGCGGACUACAGCGGCCGCCUGGCCGCAGAGAUCGACGACAGGAGACAGCUGACACGCACGCUAACCGUCUUCCUGCAAAGCCAGAAGGACGGUUUGAGCCAGAACGAGCAGAAACUAGAAGAGUACAAGCGCAAACUGGCGAGCGUGACGCAGGUACGCAAGGAGCUGCGUUCACGUCUCAACAAUCUUCCUGAAAGAAUCUACAACUCCUCGAACUGAAUCUCUUCACCUCGUUGCCACUCAAACAUCUUCUGUGAUGGUCUGCUGUGACGUGUUCUUCUGUUCUGGCUACAUUAUAAAUUCUCUUUAAACUUAGAGAAAAAACUAAACCUGACGACUUUAAUUUUUAGUAAAAACACAUUGGACUUUUUCUUUAUUGAUUUACAACUUUACAUAAGUUGUGUUAUCUGGCUAUGUAAGUGAAAAACCUUUAAGUCUACUUCCAUUAAGGUGUUUAUGAUUUGUUGUGUUUUUUAAUACUGUUGUGACUUUCUUUUUUUUAAUGCAUUGCUUACUUUUUUUUUUUUUUGCUGAUUGUUGAGCUCUAAUGGUGCAUGUUUAAAAGCAUCCAGUAUCGGAGGGAAAAAAAUACUAGGAAUUCAGAGAAAUUCAAUUUUCUCACAGAAAACUACAUGAUUAUUAUUUUGCAUCCAUACAAAGGAUUAUGGGAUUUGUUGUCUGGAGUGUACAUAUACAAGUUUACAUGUAAAUGUGGUAGAGUAAGCUGCCUAUAAGUGCUUCUGAUUAGUGUUCAUGUUAUGCCUCACUAUUGCUUUGUUGCCCAUGUACAGUGCUCUGACACAAACGAGCAAAGGAGUUUGUUUUCUUGUUUUUCCUCAUAACUUCACAUUUGGCUGCUGUGCAGAUUCCUUACAGAGUUUAAAAGAACCCUCGUUUUCAAAAGCAUCGUUCUGUAAGAACAAUGGUUUAGAUGAAGCGAAUGCUUUUUAAAACCCAAAUAAAUAGACAAUAUUCAAAUG